AUGUCAUCGUUCCCACACACCUUCCAAGGAACAAUCAAGCCGAAGGCAAAUUUCAAUGCUGAUAUCGUGGCCGAGGAGUUGGAGAAUGCUAUGAAAGGGAAAGGUUGCGAUAAGAUGAAAAUCAUCCAACUGAUCAUUCACAUCAAUAAUGCGCAACGACAAAUGGUUCUGACGCCAUACCAACGCAAAUUCGAUAAGGAACUCAUACCGGAACUGAAGAAAGAAUUAUCUGGUGAUUUCGAGGAUGUGAUUAUCGGUCUUAUGGCAACACCUACGUUAUACGAUGCCAUCCAGAUGAUGGAUGCAAUGAAGGUGCUUCUCAGUGGUCCAAUAAAUGGACUCUGUUUUGUUUUCGAAUGCCAUUAG